CCCUUGUGUUAUUAAUGAGGGAUUGGGUUGGUAGAAAUGGAUAGCGUCAAUGCUAAAGUGCAGAAUCCCAGUCUCUCCAAGCUGUAGCAGCCUGGUAUGAAUUCUGCAGAGCUCAAUUUCAAGGAUUGUAACAAAUCUGGAGGCAGACUUGCAUCAGAGCACCCAGCAUCAUUUAAAUCCAAAAUGUCAGAUUGAUUAGUGUGAGGUUCAGAGUAGGAGACAGUUGAGACCUAGUACCAAGGUCCUUAGAAAAGGGCUCUUAACUGCUAAAGAAGCAUUAUUGUGAACCUCAUGCUAGGAGACAGUUUCUCCUUAGCUGGAGGAACAGAGCGGGGACUUUCUACUGCAGCUGACUUUCUGAGCCACAUUCACUUUGCAGAAAUACCUCCAUCUGUGAAGACCUAGGUAAUUGGGAACAGUGAGGGAGGGCAUAUUCACACUACUCUCUGUGAGAAGUAGAGUGGUGCGGGUGGGAUCUGGAUCCAUUCCAGGGCACCUAGAUUUGCGCCUCAGUUUAAUUGGUUGCUUGUGUUUAUCCAGUAUUAAGUUGCAGAUUGAACUUCUUCAUUUAGAGAAAGACCUGGGAGUUAUGACUCUUAGUUCUUGUUUUGUUUUACAACAGACUUUCUGCAGUUGAGAAAACCGGCUGGCUCCUUUUGGUUUUACUUUGUGAAGCCCACAUCAUUCUGAACUUCCUCUGCUUUCCAGAACUGCAGAGAGAUCUGAUGGUUUAAAAUCACACAAUUAAUUUCUCAGCUGUAGCUUAGUCAAACCAUUUAACUGCAUUGUGGUGAAAACAAGGACUGGGAGUUCUGGGCUCUCUUGCUGAAUCUAAGAUUUAUCCUGGGGGCCAGGACAAAUCACCUCACCUCUCUGUGCCUCAAUUUCUUUGGGAGUAGAGAUCAGCUGCCUGUCCACCCACAGAGAAUGGUUAGGGUUAGUUGAAUGAAAACCACUGUAUAACUGCCAAGUAUUUAUUUAUUUCUUAUUAAUUUAUGGAAUUUGUCUAGGGUGUGCAGGGUUUUUUUCCAUUCAGUCACUCACCAUUAGGCUUCUGAAAUCCAUGAGCCCCUUCAGAGAGGCUUAUUACCCCUUACUCUCAAGGUUUAUAAACUAGCCACAAAACCUCAGUAUUGAUUUACAGCCUUACUGCGGCAGCUGCUGAGGGGUCUGAGAGAAGUGAGGUGGUGGCAGAAUAAGCUUAGUGAGAGUGGGAAAGACAGUGGAGCCAGACAGGGGCGUAGGCAGCAUGGUCUAUUUUUAGGACAAGCCUGGCAUAUCCCAUAUUUAUUAAAGUCACAGUUCCAGAUUCCUCACAUGAGCAGAGGGUGCUGAAGGGCUGAGUUAAUUUUAACUCCUCCAGCUGACAACUAACAUGGACUGUGCGCAGGAACCAGAAGGGCUGGGACUUCAGGCAGAACCAGUUACCGACACCAUUCUUGAGAUUGGACAGAGACUUUUCAAGGUCAAUCGUGGUGCACUAUCUCUCCACAGUCGCUAUUUUGAGGCCAUGUUUUUUGGGGGCACUAGAGAGAGCUCCGAACACCACAUAGUGAUCAGAGGAGUAGAUGCAGAGGCUUUCCAAGUGCUCCUCGAGUUCACUCGCACAGCCAAGGUGCUCAUAACUCUGCACAAUGUCACCCGCCUGCUGGAAACAGCUGACUUCCUCCAGUUUGAGAGAGUGAAAAGGAUGUGUGAGAAGUUCCUGGAGAGGGAGCUGCAUGUUUCCAACUGUCUGAGCCUGAUGGCCUAUGCCCAAUGCUUUGCCUGUCCAGAGCUUCAUGCAUCAGCUCUCAGUGUGGCUCUCACGCACUGGACGGAAGUGACUUCUCAGGAAGAAUUUAAGAAGCUUCCCAAAGAAAUUUUACUGCAGCUCCUGCAAAACGAUGACCUCUUUGUUCCCCGAGAGGAUGUCAUUUUUGAUACUGUGAUGAAAUGGAUAAUGCAGGACCCAGCAUCUAGGGAGGAGGCCUUCUUGGACUUGGUCGGGCAGGUCAGGGUAACCUUUCUGAGUCUUUCCUUCCUCGAUACCUUGGUGAAACAAAGCAGAUGCCCUGGAGAGAAGGAUACCUCUGCCAGGCUGCUAAAGAAGUUAGACAGCUGCCCUCCGCUCAGCUGGAGGAAUGUGGAGCUGUCUCAUUGCACCAGCAGAAGCUAUGAGAUCCUAUAUGUUCUGGGAGGGAAGCAUGAUAAGGAACAGCAAGAAUUGUUUCAAUUUCAACCUAAAUCUGGCACCUGGCAUCUUUGCUCCCCACUGCAGCGCAGGAACCUCAUCCAGUAUGCAGUGGCAGCAGUAGGGAAUUUCCUUUUUGUGACAGGAGGUUAUUUCCGAGAUGAGUUUGUGUGGUACAGCGUGGACUGGGUGUUGAUCUAUGAUUGCUGGGAGAACAACUGGCUGGAAGGGCCUGCUAUGAAGCAGUCUCGCAACAGUCAUUGUGCCGUAGGGGCUGGGCUCUAUCUGUAUGUGCUUGGAGGGAGCACAGAUGAAGGCAUAAUCCCAGAUGUGGAGCGCCUGGCAUUAAUGGACUCGCAAUGGCAAAACAUGAGCCCCAUGGUUCAGCCUGUGGAGAGAGCAGGUGCAGUCAGUGUGGGGACCAGGCUUUACGUGGUCUGUGGCCUGGAUGAAAAGGGAGAUGUGUAUGGUGGAGUGCAGAGACUGGACUUGGAAAAGGAUGUUUGGGAUGUCAUCUCCUUUUCACCACUUCCCAGGUAUGACCUCUGUGUUACAGCUCUGAAUGGAGCGCUCUACACCAUAGGAGGUGGAGCCUUUCGCUUUGAUAUGGACACAGAUGAAUGGACCCAAGUGGAUGAAGAGUGCCUGACUCAGAAAUUCUUCAUGGGAUGCAGCACCGCGAAUGGCCAAAUUUAUCUCCUGGGACAGAGGAAGGGGAACAUGGCUGUCCCCAACAUGGUGCUCUUUGACCCUUACACUGACACAUGUCAGGUGGUAGAUAGCAAAUUCCCUUGCCCCGUUCCUAUUUAUGGGUGUGUCUCUAUACGAAGAUUUGACACAUGAGCUUAAGCAAGGCUGGACCCAGGCCACUAUGCAGAAAGGGAGUCCAGCGUGUUAACGCUUACAAGGGCUGCUAUUUAUUGUCUGUAGAACUUAUAGAAUCUUGAAAACAUCAUUUAUUCCUCUCCUGAUUUUAUCUUUUUCAGUCUGGCAAAUGCUGGUGUCCUUUGUCCUCAAGGAGCCAACAUGGCAAUGGAAGAUUUGCUCCUUUCUUUAUCAAGAUAUCGCCACUGGUGUCAGCAUGAUUCCAUGGAAAUAUUAGUUAGCAAACUUACUAACUUGGCCUCUGCAGCAGCAGAAGGAAUAACAGCUUUGCAGGGUCAGUCAGAAACAUGGCUGUUGGUUUUUCGUUUUUUUGAUUUUUCCAAAUGACAGGACAGCAGCUUCUCAAAUGCUGAAGAGCACUCCAGGCAGUAGCAGGUGGAAGGCACCUGUCCAAAGAAAACCAAAUUUCAGUCAUUGAAAAUUGAUUCUUUUAUUUUCAGUCCAUAGGGAUGACAAUACCUAAAAUGCAAUCAGAGCCAUUGGGGAGACUAUAGAGACCUGAGCCACUUCAUGCUUCACUCCUCUGGGUUCCUAAGGAGCCUGGGCAAGGUGCUGAUUAUAUUUGGAAGGAAAAGAGCAAGCAUAUGGUAGGAUUUAAACUGAUUCUUUAUUCAAGCCAAUGCCCUCAUCACCUCUGUGCUGAAUCAGCUCUAUGUGUAAAGUGUCACUCAGGUUUUAGGAAGAACCUAGGGAACCCUGUUCAGAGAUGCUGUUGAUGGCUAUGGAGAUAGUUCUACAAAUGACAAGUGGCCAUCGGCUAGCAAAUAGAAGUUGAGCUGCAUACACUUUGCACUGGUCUAAUCUUACGACGCUCAGUCGGGAUGAAAUGCCAGCCAUUGAUGUCAAUGGAAUUUUGCAGUUAGCUACAAGAGGCCAAGAUUUCACUCAGGAUGACUACAUUGUCCCUCCCCGCUGCAACAUUUCAGUGCAUUAUUAUGCAUGAGGCUGCUUGCUUCACAGCUGGGUGACAUUUUCUGACUGAAACUGUUUCUCUGCAAAAACUGAUUUGGUGUCACUGAAAUGUUUCAAUAAUUUGUGAGACAAGGUGGGUGAGGUAAUAUCACCAAUUUGUGUUAGUUUCACUGAAGUUUUAAUUUUGAAAACAAACCCAACAAACUUCAAACAAGUCAAACAUUUUCUUUUGACAUUUUCAAAACAAAAUAUUUAAUAUUUUAAAUUCAAAAUAACUUUUUGUUACAAAAUUUCCUUCAACUGUCUUUUUUAAAAGUUUUAUAAAAAUGCUCAAAAUCAAAGUGAAAUGUUUUGUCUGAGGCCAAAUGAUUUUUUUAACCUCUCAAUUUGCCAAAAGUAUCAAAAAAUUGUUUUUGGGUCAAUUCAACAUGAUUUUAAAAAAAAUGGAACUGCCACCAAACCAAAAAAUCAGUUAUUUGCCCAGCUCUGCCCAUGACAUGUAUAACGAGAGAAAUAAGACCUGAUUCCUACUCAUGUUUGAAAAUUUACCUGCACUUUGUGCACCAGCUGCUCCCUAAGAGAGACACUCCAAUGAUAUAUGAAUAUGAUAAAUGAUAUAAUUUAUAAUGUUAAACAUUAUGAUCUAGAGCAGCGGUAGGCAACCUAUGACUGACUUUCAGUGGCACUCACACUGCCCGGGUCCUGGCCAGCAGUCCAAGGGGCUCUGCAUUUUAAUUUAAUUUUAAAUGAAGCUUCUUAAACAUUUUAAAAACCUUAUUUACUUUACAUACAGCACUAGUUUAGUUAUAUAUUAUAGACUUAGAGAAAGAGACCUUCUAAAAACAUUAAAAUGUAUUACUGGCACGCAAAACCUUAAAUUAGAGUGAAUAAAUGAAGACUUGGCACAGCACUUCUGAAAGGUUGCCGACCCAUGAUCUAGAGCUAUGCUGGAUAGAAAAUUAAUUAGCCAUAGAGCAACGCAUGUGACUGUGCAUGCAUGCAAGCAGACUUCAGGUUGGCUGGGUAAAGUACAAAACCUUUCUUUCUGUAUUCUGAAUUGUGCUGUAUUAAUCUUUGGCUAGUAAUCUUUGAUUAAAUACAUUCUGGUUGA